AUGACGAGCUCAUCGAAGUCCAUUUUGAAAACGUUGACGAAUUCGUGGAAGCCGACGGAAAAACAAAUAUGGUCAUCGCAGCAUUCACCACAGCCCACGCCCGCCUCAAGCUCUAGCUAUGGUGUCCUGGAGCAGUUAAAUCGCCGAGUCUUGUAUUUUGACACAGACUCAGUAAUUUAUGUUUCAAAGGAAGACGAAUGGGAGCCGCCGACAGGAUCCUAUCUUGGUCAAUUAACAGAUGAGUUAGAUGGAGGUUACAUUACCACCUUUGUGUCUGGAGGUCCUAAAAACUAUGCCUAUGAGACAAGCACAGACAAAACAGUAUGCAAAGUUAGAGGGAUCACCUUAAACUACAGGACCCAACAACAUGUCAACUUUGACGUCAUGUCUGACAUGGUCAGGGGUGAAGGUCCGGAGAAAGUAACU